AUGGCAAGAAACAGCUCGAACAAUACAGAAAUACUUGUGCAUAUCACAGCACCAAGUCGGUCAGCCGACGAUGCACUUUAUCGUCAACUUGCGCAGGCCUAUCUCGUAUUUGAGCCUCAGAAACAGAUACAGGUUCCUUUAGUAUCGCCACAGACAAGGAAGGAACCAUGCGAUGCGACGAUAAAGAACGGAUGGGCGCCUUCGCCCAGCCAGAUCCGAGUAGGAGCCUCAUUUGGACAGCCCUUUGAAAUCACGUCGCAGGACAUGAGCUUCGAAGGAGCUGUGGACAACUGUGCUUCACCGCGUCUCCCUCUUACAACGGCGGCACAGGAUAUGAUCCCUUCCUCGGACGAUGCCGGUUUGGGAUCACUUAACUCUUGGUGCGCACCCCCGAGUCAGGUCAGCGAUUCUUAUCCUAUGCCAGAUGCUGGUUUGUUGGGCGUUUCCCCGUCUCGGAUACUUGAACGGUAUAUUGGGAGAACGCAAUCAUCGCAGACCUCUCUACCAUAUUCGUCGCCAACUGCAUAUAAAAAAAAUACCUCUAUUCCUCUCUUUGAACAAAGUCUAGGUAUACCAUCCUCCCUACCCGUAACCAGUCAGGAAGAGUCGCUUCCACUUGAACCGCCAAGGUUCAUUGAAGCCGAAGUCGUUAUCCCAUCGACACAGGAGAAUGAAGAUGACGAUUUUCCCAUUCCAUCGGCCAACACCGAAAUAGUAGCUUUUGAGCAUCAGGUGCCAGACAUCACACAUAAUUCAGCAAACACGGUUAGUGACCGCUCGCUAGUUCUCUCCCCUCGUGGAAGGUCAGAGCCUCCUCCUGCGAAACGAUGCAGGGUUGGUUACACGGAACACGCCGACCUAUUCAGAAGUUCCAGCGAUACGGGCCGAGCAUUGUCAAUGACGAACUCGCAGAUAGAUCAACUCAAUAGCAGCUUGGAAAUUCGGCCACCAUCCCCGUCUGUUGGAGUCAAAGAUGUCAAACCUGCAGAUCUGGUACCCGAGAAGUUUGCAAAGCUUGCGCGCGACCUGGGGUCGAGAUACCGUCCCAUGGUGACACGAGAUAUCGAUCCCUUUGAAAGGGGAUUCUGGCUGCUCAACUGCAAAGAUUGGAACCCAGCAGCUCGGUUUGAUGCUUGGGUUUUCCUCAGUAACUAUCUGAAAAGUGGCUUAGCUGGUUGGGGAACUUGGUGUUGUAGAGACACGACUCAUGACUGGAUUCGAUUAUAUUGUUGGGGCCAUGUUGCAAAACACACAUACUUGCUUCUAUACCUUGCAAGUGGGAGACGGAUCAAGACAAUUGGUGCUAAAUGGUAUGGCGCAGAUGGGAAGGCAGUUUUGGAAAUUCCGCCUCAUGACAAGCAGGGAUGA